AUUUUCCUGUGUACAAAGAGAAAAAGCAAAUGCUUUUUGUAGUAAGCGGCUUCAGCGAGAGCGUGAAUUGUACUAAACUCGAGUAGCAGAAGCAGUGAUCCGGGAGGGGAUUGGGGUGGGGGCGGGGGGUGCUGCAAAAUUGCACUGUAUGUGCUCUUCGUUUUAUUACAAGACUGCCAAAGUGAUUACAGUUAAACCAGAAAGAAGACCAGAAGCAGGAAGAGAAAAUUCAUCCCAAUCUAUUGGGGUGAAUCUUUUUUUUGGGGGGGGAGAGGAAAGGCAGCCAGCAUAUUGUCCCGUGAACUGUAAGUAUUUCAACUGAAACGAGGGGAGGGGGAAUCUGCCAUCCCUCCCCGGGUGAUUAUCAUCCAUUGCAUGAAUUAUGAAACGAUAACUUUCGAAAGAAGAAAAAAGGAUUUAUAAUUGAUCACCCACCAGACUCUACACGUUGUUCUUCCCCCCCUCCCUUCCCUCUCGCCUUUUCUUUCCCGGAGAGGAGAGAGAAUUAGGGGGAGGGUAGGUGGUAGGGACCGGGGGUGGGGGGGGAGACGAAAGAGGGGUGUUUUGUUAUAAGGAGCAGUAGCAGCAGCAGCAGGAGAAGAUGCUGAAAAUGCGGACUAUGGGCUUGGUGCGCGGCUGGUGCUGCUGGUGCCUUUGCUGUUUCCUCCUGCCGGUCUCUGUCACCCUGGCCGCCGCCAAGCAGCUCCUGAGAUACCGGUUGGCUGAGGAAGGACCCGCGGAUGUCCGCAUCGGGAACGUGGCUUCAGACCUGGGUAUCGUGACGGGUUCCGGAGAGGUGACUUUCAGUCUGGAGUCGGGCUCCGAAUACCUCAAGAUCGACAACAUCACCGGGGAGCUGAGCACUAGCGAGCGCCGCAUCGACCGGGAAAAGCUGCCCCAGUGCCAGAUGAUCUUCGACGAGAACGAGUGCUUCCUGGACUUCGAGGUCUCGGUGAUCGGCCCCUCUCAGAGCUGGGUGGACCUUUUCGAGGGCCGGGUCAUCGUGCUGGACAUUAACGACAACACCCCUACCUUCCCUUCUCCCGUCCUCACUCUCACGGUGGAGGAGAACCGGCCGGUGGGAACACUCUACCUUCUCCCCACUGCUACCGACCGCGACUUCGGCCGUAAUGGCAUCGAGCGCUAUGAGCUGCUCCAGGAGCCCGGGGGCGGCGGGGGUGGCGGCGGCGGUGGAGAAAGCCGUCGCGGAGGGGCGAUCGAGAGCGCCCCCUACCCCGGGGGUGGCGGCGGGGGCAGCGGCAGCCCGGGCAGCUCCAAGCGGCGUCUGGAGGCGUCCGAGGGCGGAGGGGGCAGCGCCUCAGGCAGCGGGGGCCGGAGCACGGUGUUCGAGUUGCAGGUGGCUGACACUCCGGACGGUGAGAAACAGCCACAGCUGAUCGUCAAGGGGGCGCUGGACCGGGAGCAGCGGGACUCUUACGAACUGACCCUUAGGGUGCGGGACGGAGGCGACCCUCCGCGUUCCUCUCAAGCCAUCCUGCGGGUGCUAAUCACCGACGUGAACGACAACAGCCCCCGCUUCGAGAAGAGCGUGUACGAAGCUGAUCUGGCUGAGAACAGCACCCCCGGCACUCCGAUACUGCAGCUCCGCGCCGCUGACUUGGACGUGGGAGUGAAUGGUCAGAUCGAGUAUGUCUUCGGGGCCGCCACGGAGAACGUGAGGCGGUUGCUCAGGCUGGACGAGACCACGGGUUGGCUUAGUGUCCUGCACCGCAUAGACCGCGAGGAGGUGAACCAGCUACGCUUCACGGUCAUGGCCCGGGAUCGGGGGCAGCCCCCGAAGACCGACAAGGCUACGGUUGUGCUCAAUAUCAAAGAUGAGAACGACAAUGUGCCGUCCAUCGAGAUCCGCAAAAUCGGGCGCAUCCCGCUUAAGGACGGGGUGGCAAACGUGGCCGAAGACGUUUUGGUAGACACCCCCAUAGCCCUGGUGCAGGUGUCAGAUAGAGACCAAGGGGAGAACGGGGUGGUCACCUGCACGGUGGUGGGGGACGUGCCCUUCCAGCUUAAGCCGGCCAGCGACACGGAGGGUGACCAAAACAAGAAAAAGUACUUCCUACAUACUUCAGCCCCCCUGGACUACGAGAGCACCCGGGAAUACAAUGUUGUCAUAGUGGCAGUGGACUCAGGCAGCCCCAGUCUUUCCAGUAACAAUUCUCUAGUGGUGAAGGUCGGAGACACCAAUGACAACCCCCCAGUAUUUGACCAGUCGGUGGUGGAGGUCUAUUUCCCUGAAAACAACAUUCCUGGGGAGAGGGUGGCCACGGUAGUGGCCACAGACGCAGACAGUGGGAAGAAUGCGGAGAUCGCAUACUCCCUGGACUCCUCUGUAAUGGGGAUCUUUGCGAUUGAUCCGGACUCUGGGGAUAUCCUAGUCAAUACCGUGCUGGACCGGGAGCAGAAUGAUAGGUAUGAGUUUAAAGUGACUGCCAAAGACAAAGGCAUACCAAUCCUGCAGGGCAGCACCACUGUGAUAGUGCAGGUGGCUGACAAGAACGACAACGAUCCUAAGUUUAUGCAGGAUGUUUUUACCUUUUAUGUGAAAGAAAAUUUGCAGCCCAAUAGCCCAGUAGGGAUGGUCACUGUAAUGGAUGCUGACAAAGGGCAAAAUGCAGAAAUGAGCUUGUACAUAGAGGAGGAUAGUAACAUUUUUUCCAUUGAAAAUGACACAGGAACAAUUUACUCUACUACAGCUUUUGACCGGGAGCAUCAGACUACGUACACCUUCAAAGUGAAGGCAGUAGAUGGAGGAGAUCCUCCAAGGUCUGCCACAGCUACUGUAUCUCUUUUUGUGAUGGACGAAAACGACAAUGCUCCCACAGUUACCUUUCCUAACAACAUCUCCUACACUUUACUGCCACCUUCAAGUAAUGUAAGAACAGUGGUCGCCACAGUGCUGGCAACUGACAGUGACACUGGUGUAAAUGCAGAUCUUAACUAUAGUAUUGUGGGAGGAAAUCCCUUCAAGUUGUUUGAAAUUGAUGCCACUAGUGGGGUUGUGUCCUUAGUGGGGAAACUGGCCCAGAAACAUUAUGGCUUGCACCGGUUAGUGGUACAAGUCAAUGACAGUGGACAGCCUUCACAAUCCACCACCACUUUGGUUCAUGUCUUUGUCAAUGAAAGUGUUUCAAAUGCUACUGUGGUUGACUCCCAAAUAACCCGAAGUUUGCACACUCCAUUAACUCAAGAUAUUGCUGGUGACCCUAGUUAUGAAAUUAGCAAACAGAGACUGAGUAUUGUAAUAGGGGUUGUUGCUGGGAUCAUGACAGUCAUCCUGAUUAUCUUGAUUGUAGUAAUGGCAAGAUACUGCAGGUCCAAAAAUAAAAAUGGAUAUGAGGCAGGUAAAAAAGAUCACGAGGACUUUUUUACACCCCAGCAGCAUGACAAAUCUAAAAAGCCUAAAAAGGACAAGAAAAAUAAAAAAUCAAAGCAACCUCUCUACAGCAGCAUUGUAACAGUAGAGGCUUCUAAACCAAAUGGACAAAGGUAUGAUAGUGUCAAUGAAAAGCUCUCAGAUAGCCCUAGCAUGGGACGAUACCGGUCAGUCAAUGGAGGUCCAGGAAGUCCUGACCUUGCAAGGCAUUACAAAUCCAGUUCUCCACUGCCUACUGUCCAGCUUCAUCCCCAGUCACCUACUGCUGGAAAAAAACACCAGGCCGUACAAGAUCUCCCGCCAGCUAACACUUUUGUGGGAGCAGGAGAUAACAUUUCAAUUGGAUCAGAUCAUUGUUCUGAGUACAGCUGUCAAACCAAUAACAAGUACAGCAAACAGCCAUUUCGUAGAGUGACGUUUUCUGUUGUGAGUCAGCCUCAGGACCCACAUCAGGGGUCAUUGCAGAGUUGCUAUGACAGCGGGCUGGAGGAGUCAGAAACACCAAGCAGUAAGAGUUCAUCAGGGCCAAGACUGGGUGCCCUUCCACUCCCAGAGGACAACUAUGAGAGGACUACGCCGGAUGGCAGUGUUGGUGAGGCAGAGCAUAUGGAAAAUGAUUCAAGGCCUCUGCCAGAUGUAGCCCUGACAGGGAAGUGCACCCGAGAGUGUGAUGAAUAUGGUCACUCAGAUUCCUGCUGGAUGCCAGUCCGCACCUCACCUGAAAGGAAGCAGAAAAGCCAGCCAAAACUCUCUACAUUCAUGCCCGUUGAUGAACGAGGCAGCCAGGAAAAGCUGGCCAAUGGAGAAGCCUCUCUCAUGGGUGACCGCAACAGAAACCUCCUUAACAAAAAGUUGACCUCAUCCUAUGAGACCUUCAGUGCAGCUAGUUUCAGCAAAAACGAGGAAGCCAACCCAGAGGAUAUUCCCCUGACAAAGACAGGGGAAUACAAGCCAUCUCCCGUCAAUACUCUAACUAGAAGAGAAGUUUACCUGUAGGCUAUCAGAAGCAACAAUAAGGUUCUUUCAUGUAUGAGAAAGAAAAAGGGGCAAACCUUUAACAAAAGUCAAAACAAUUUAACUCAAAAAAAUAAAAUAAAAGAGGAGGCUACCAAAGAGACGAAGCUUGGCCUGCCACUUCUGCCUCCAAAUCAGGCACUUAAUUACACUGUCUGCCUGACGAUGAUGUACAAUGUAGAAACCAUUGUUGUUACUUGCAUGUCUAAUCCCCUCACUGAUUUUCCCCCUUAAAUUUAUGGUUGCAAGUUUCUUUCAUGGUAAUAAGCCCAAUUAGCAGAACACUGCACACUGUCUUUGUCCCAAAUGCUGAAGCAUGACCUUAACUGUUUUGAUUUGGUUUGAUUGUCAUCUGACUUGUUGAGAAUAACAGGUCAGAAAAAAAGUAUACUCCAAAUAACACUAUCAGAACAUGAUUGAUCCUUGUUUGAACAAUCUGCCUAAAAACUCCCAAAUUCUAGAUGCAGUUAUUAGAAAGGUCUAACCAUUACUAAGCACUUUCUGAAGACCACAGCUUUAAUUUUCUCACCCAAGGCUGGUAACAGAAAAAUAACUUUCAGCCUGAGACUGCAGUCCAAAACGUGGCAUAUUUCCCUAUAAAAUAAUUAACUCUGAGGUCAAUUCCAUUCGUAAACAGGAUGUUCUCUCUAUAUGCAUAAUUAAUUACAGUUUGCAUAAACAGAUUAAUAUCACAUGUAUCAUACUAAGGAUUACCUGUUGAACUUAACUUUUCUUUGGACAAGACCAACAUUAGCACCUAUCUGGGACAAUUUCAGUCAUUAAAAGGCCAAAGAUCAUACCAUGGAUCAGGGGAAUUACAAAGUAUUUUUGGUCUUGACUUAGAACUCCAUCACAUACACACAAAGCUACAUGCAUACAUACAAACAUAUUUCAUUUUGCAUAAGAGCCAAGUCAGUCCAGAAAACAAUUUUUUAAAUGAAUUUUAGUUGAAAUCCUUAAAAGGAACUUAUCAGUGUAUUUGCUGAUACCAUGAUAAGAGGCAAUGCAGGUCCUGUGCCAGUUCUGGGUAAUAUUAUCAGGGAAGAUUACAUUUUUCAAAGUCAUAGAAAUCAUGGGUAAUGGGUCGGGGGAGGAGAAAAGUAAAGAAUGAUGAUACAUUUAAAUAAGCAUCUUGCAAGUUAAGUCCAAUGUCAUCUUCUCCCCAGCCCCUCUCCCCCCACAAUCCAGGGUAUGCUUACUGGACUUAACAUCACAUUACAGAUUAUCAAUUGCUUUGGCCAAUGGUACAAUGCCAACAUUUUUGAAACAAAAGUGCAUUAAACCUGAGUCCUGUGCAAUAUAGAAUGUCAAGACUCAUAGCAUUUGAGGAAGGUGACAAACAGUCUGAUUGACUUUAGCACUGAUAUGAUACUUACAUAGCAACUCAAGACAAGUCACAAAGCAUUCCAAACUGAACAUGAAAGAAAUGAGCUCUGGGCUGUGACAUUUCUUACAGGAUGCACAUCUUAAAGAAAGUCAGAACAGAUACAGGUUUUUGUGUGCAAUAAAAAUAACAGAGUGCAGAAUUUGAGCCAACUGCUCUGUAGAUGAAGAUUUAGGACAGUUUAAAAUGGAGCUGGGACAUUCAAAUGAAAUUGACAAUCAGCAAAAUGGGGAAUAACAUGAGAAGAGAGCUAACAUUCAAAUCUCUGAAUGGUUAUAGGCUGGUGUAAAGGGACGCCUAGGCCACAUGGCUCUCUAGUAAAUUGUAGUCACAAUGUAGUUUUGGCUAGUUUCUUGCUUUGUGGAACUCCUUAGACUAUAAAGUUAAGCAGCCUGGAAUAACAGUUGAUAGUUCAGUACAAGUCAUCACAAUGCUUAUCUCUGAAAACUACUUCUCCUCUUUUGGGUCGUGGGGAAGGGGAGGGAAUAGGGGAGGGAGGGUAUUUAGGGCCAUUCCAUUUUGCUCUUUCCAGCAUUAAGGUUUUUGUUUCAGUGUUAGUUUGUGUAUAGUAGUUAUGAUGAAUGGGGAUGUGGACUUGAGGGAAAAAUAAGACUAAAAUAUUAAUAAUUGAACAUUUUUAUGUUUGAUUAUUAUUUACAUUAUGGAAAGAUGAAGUUCUAGUACUUUGAUAGGAAACUGCAUUAAAGCAGUACUGCCUUGUAUAAUCUGUAAGUACCUAUUAAGAAAAAUGCUUCUAAAGAUACUUAUGUAAUAAUGUAUACAUAUUUUUCUUGCACGUUUCAACAGAAUACUCAAUUGCAUAACACAGAUGUUCAAAAAUAUUAUUUUGUUGUUGCUUCAAUAGGAUUUUUCUUUUUUGGAAGAGACACUUGAAAACCACUAGGUAGCUUGUUUCAAUAUGUCUUUAAACCCUUUUGUCUACAAAGCUAAUACAGGUCACAUUGGACCUUCAGAUUAAUUGGAUCAGCACUCACUGACGUUUGCACCAUAUCAAAAUUGGUCAUGUCAUUAAGUCAUCUAACUUGUGAGAAUCUCCUUAGAACUAAAAUGAGUGUGAAAGAAUAAAAUUAAGUGUACUGUAAGUAUUCACAGCAAUUCAAGUAGAACUAGCCAUCAUAACACGUUUAUUACUAUUAUGAACUGGCAUGACACAGAAAUAUAUUUUGUGUUUGUACUUUUUUUUAAUUUUAAAUAGGCUAAAUCUGGUGCCACUCCACAUAUAGAGUGCUUUUUAAAAAAAACAAAAACAAACAAAAAAUAAAUUGAAAAGAGUGAAUGCAAAAUAUGCAAUUGUGCCUUUUCUACCUGUCGUUACAGUUAACAUGGUGGUUGGGUUUGGACACUGAGGGGUAAUGGGCUAUUCCCAACUUUUUUGAACCUGUAUAUUUAUCCAUGUUUAUUUUCUGAGAAAUGAUAAAUGAUAUAUUAAAAAGAAUUUGCCUUCUGCUAAACUCAGAUAAUGGCCCAGUCUUAAAUAUCUUUCAUUAUUAAAACAAGCUUGUGGUAUAGGUAUGGGCUGUGCCAGAGAUAUCAGAAGGGGGCUAUAGCAUAUAUUGCAAUAGUAACCCAAGUUGGCAUUUGCCAUGUGUGUUCAGUCCAUUCUACAAAGUAAAUGAUUUCAGUUUUUUGUUGUUAUUGUUGUUGUUUUCAGCUGUCAUUCCAUUUUGGUUGUACAGUAUAUAAAUCAAUUAUUUUCUGUACACAGGAAACCCAAAUGAGCUUUGCAUGUAUUUUACAUUAGGACACAUUUAUAGAUUGAUGCAUAAUUAUAUAACUUUAUAUAUGUAUUAACGUCUGUAACUUCAAUCGAAAAUCUGAUGUUCAUUCUGGAUCUCCAGUAACAAUAUAUUUAUUCAAUAUA